UGAUUGCGACUCACAUUCGGGUUAUGCGGCCGAGGUCGACGCCUUGAAUAGUCGGCACCUGGACGCCAGCCAGACUUUCUUUGUAGAAGUCGCUGUUUGGGGACGUUUCGAGGGCGAGAUUGAUACGCUUCAGAGCCCUUGACGUGUAUUCUUGGCUAUUCAUCUACUCUAGCAGCUCAGGGGCGACUCUGCUUGCGCUUCCGCCAAAUCGCCAUGGAUCACGGGCUGUCGUUCGACCUCAAUGCUGGCCCCGAGGUGGAAGAGUUUGCCAACGCCCUUGACAACUGCCUCUCGCCAUACCUAACGCCAGAAGACAAGCAAGCCCGCCUCCUCGACCUCCCCCGAAGAUACUACGAAAAUGCGUCGCGAAGACUGCAGCAAGUGCGGCCGAAGCGAGCCCGCAGUGGCUACGAAGAUGUAGACAUGGAUGCCGACGACGCUGAGACGGCGGAUGGCGAGGGCUUCUCUGGCGACGUCGACGAGAUCAAACAGCUGGAGAAGGAAGUGCAGACCUGGGACCUGAUUCGAAGACUACUACCUCUGCGCUUCGCGCCGCAGGAACCAAAGACGGACGAGCGGCAAUCGAUAGAAGCAACAAACUCGACGCAGUCCGACUUGCUGCUCGAGUUUCUCCUUGCGGACCCCACAGCCCGAGAGCGCCAUGCUGUCCUUCAGUGGCUCCAGAGCAACGCGGCUGCUGGGCCGGACAUUGACGACCUGGCCCGAGAUCUGCUGAAGCAGGCCGAUCGAGGAGACAUUGUUGCCCAUGGCUGGCUGCACACGCGCGCGACGAUCAAGCUGCGGAAGAACUUGACGGCUUGGCAUGGGCUUCUGGACCGUCAAGCGCCCAGAGUCAUGGAAUCUCACGUCAACAAGGACGGCGCCCCCCUGAUUACGCAGCUGGACCCCGAUGCCAUCACUCGCCAGGGCCGGAAGCUGGAGCCUGCGGACGAGUACUUUGAGCGCGCGAUUUGGCUGGGCUGCUUUGAGCAUCUUCGCCGUGGCAGCAGCCUGGAGGAGCUGCGCGAGUGGUGCCAGGAACGGACCGAGAUGUGGCGAGCUGUCUCCAUGUCUCCCAUGCUUCUCUCCGUCGACGACGAAAGCGCCCCGAUGGACGACCUGAAGCCCGAGUCUCUGGCCCUCUGGAGGCGCAUGUGCUUUGCCCUGGCUCGUCAGGGUGGCUCGGAUGACUACGAGCGUGCCGUAUAUGGCGUGCUGUCGGGCGACAUCAGCAGCGUCGAGAAGAUUGCCAGGAGGUGGGACGACUUCCUCUUUGCCAACUACAACGCCCUCUUGCGGACCCAGUUUGAUACCUAUUUGCUGAGCCGAUGCCCGGCAGACGUCAGCUCAACGUUGACCCAGAACUUCUCCUCCUUCGACGCCGUGCAGUUUUUGGGGAAACCGCAGGGUGUUGAGAAGCGCAUUGUCCGCUCGCUGGAGACGCAGGCCACUACCCACGACGAGGCGACGGAGCCUAGCAAAGCUCUGCAGGCCUCGCUCAUAGCCAAGGACGUUGAGCGACACUUGUACGAGCAAGGACUGGUCAUGACGGCGGAUGCAAACGCAAAUGGCAAAUCCAUACUUCUGCCGCCUUCCUCCCCCGAAGCCGCCGUCAAUCUCUCCGUUCUGAAGAAGAAGUACUUUAGCCUGGACCAGCAUGACGGACUUCGAAUUGUGUCGCAUGUCUAUGUGCUCAUCACGCUCAUGAACAAGCUGCUGAACAAGACCGCCGCUGCCCAGAGAAACAUCCCCAGCUCACAGUGGACGUUUGCCCAGGAGAGUAUCCUGGCGGGAUACACAGAUUACUUGCGCCGUGCUGGGCUUCAGGAGCUUAUCCCCCUGUAUUGCUCAAUACUGGAAGCACCCCGGCAGUACGACGUCCUGAGCUGGAACUUGAUCCACGAAGAGGACCCCGAGCAGCGCUUACUACAGUUGAAGUUGAUACGGAAGGCCGGCAUCGACGUGCUGAAGUUUGUGGAUAGGCAGGUGCUGCUCUUUUACGAGGCAUUGGGUCAGAAGGCAGCUCAGCAAGCUCCGUUUAGCAUCAUCAGCGACGAACCGGCAGGGCCGCAGUUUGGAAAGCUCAUCAAGGCCGACUUCUUUGGCUACGAGGAGGGCGCUGACCAGGACGACGACGACCAUGUGAUUCGCUCAUUGGAGUGGCUGCUGAUGGUGGACGGAAAGUGGGCAGAUGUUUUUGCCAUGGGGACAAAGGUGUACAAGUUCUUCUUGCGGAGCGGACGUCUUGGCUCUGCCCGAAAGCUGUCGGAAAAGAUUAUUUUCGAAAAGAUUGUUCAGGGGAUAUCUGGUCAGGAAGAGACUGACGAGAGCUGGUAUGAGGACGCGGACUUUUGGGCCAGACUGAUGGAGCGCAGCGAAAUAUCCAACAUGACUGCUGAGCAGGUGCUGGCCGAGGCACGAAAUUUCCGCGGCCUCGAAACCCUCGUCCGUGCCUUGGAUGAUCUGGAGACGAUUGCGUCGUUGAUGAUCCUCUCGACCGAACUCUCGCAUGGAGACCGCGACUUUUGGGGCCCGGCGGCCGACUCGUUCAGGAAGCUCAAGGAGGAGAUGAAGCCCUUGCUAAAGGGAUGGCUGAUACCGGCGAUCAAGGCGGGCGAUGUCGAGAUGCAAGAGAUCCGGGCAGCCUACCUGCCCGAGACCAUCCUGGCGUACAUCAGCGCCCUCCACUUCGCCGGCACCGGCCUGUCGCGGGACAACCUGCUCGAGUGCAUGGAGCUCGCGGCCAAGAUUGCGGAGCGCGGCUCGGACCUCAAGGACGCCUUUGUCGACGCCAAGCGCAUGACGGAGCUCGUCGAGGCGUUUGCGGCGUGCAGCAAGGCGCUGGCCGUUGCCACCGGGGACAAGAGGCCGUCUGGUGGGGCCGGCGGCGUCGGCAGCAGCAGCAAGAGGCUGCAGCGGGAGUCGGGAUGGUCGAGGGACUUGUGGGCUGUGAAGACGCCCGCGGCGGCGGCUGGGGAUGCGACGACUGCGUGAUUUUUUUUUUUUUUUUCUUCGGUUAUGGGCUAGUUGGGAUGAGUGAAAGAU